AAACGAACUCCUCUCUCUAUCCUAAAACAAAACGGAUCGAUUCUCUGCCCUCCAUUUCUUUCCCUGAAGCUUCAUAACCCUAAUUUUCAUAUUGGGAAAUCAAGUGCGUCAGGUUUAAUAUGUUGAAGAAUGAAGAAAAAUACGCAUUCUUAAUUUCUUAUACGAGAAAUUGCAACAAUGGAGCAUCAUUAUGGGGAAUGAUUCGGGAGCAAUUGGGGGCGAAACGCGCAAGAUUUAAACCAAAAAGAACAAAACCAAAAAAAAGUGCAUUUGAGCGCCACAGGCAGUGCCUGGCGCCACCUGUGGCACUGGAAACAGAAGCUGAAAAUUGGGCAGCGCCCUGGUGGGCGCCUGGCGCCGGGCUGGGCGCCGUUGACGCGAUUUUUGUAUUAUUUUGCCCGGAACACGGUUUAUUCGGCCCUAGACCUAUCCAGCACGUAUAAAAGAAAGACCAAGCCUAUUUUUGAAGGGAGAGACACGACUUUUGAGAAAAUAUACACACAAGAAACAUCCGGGAGCAAGAACAUCUCAGAUUUCUUCAUCUUUUCUAGUAUUUUCAAUUAUUCAAACCUUAUGCAAUUGUUUGCUAGUAUUAUGAGUGGCUAAAAACCCAUUUUUCUGGGGUUGUGAUUUAGCCAUGAAUAUUAUUGUUUAACGUUGACUUAACCUCGAUUAUAAUUCACUGAUAUAUGGUUUUUCUUCAA